ACUCGCAAAUCCCUCUUUCUUAAACAACCUUUUACAAUUAAACAAAACGUCACCGAUCUCGACCUCAACCCACCACCACCACCACCACCACCCGCUACCUUCUUCCCGUUGACCUCCAAUUGCCGUCGCCAUGUUUUUGCAACGCUCCGCCGUAGCCGUGGCACGCCGCGCCGUUGUGUCUCCCGUUGCCAGACGAAGUUUUGCAGUCUCGGCCAUCCGCCGAGAUGCGAAGAACGUCGAGCUUCGUACUAGCACCGGUCAGAAGAUAAAGACUUUCCACGAGAUCCAGUCCGAAGAAGACUUAAUCGGACCCGGUGCCGCCCCCGGUACCGUCCCUACCGAUCUCGAGCAGUCCACAGGUCUGGAGCGAUUGGAAAUUCUUGGAAAGAUGGAGGGCGUGGAUAUCUUCGAUAUGCGACCUCUUGAUGCCUCGCGGAAAGGAACUCUCGACAACCCUAUCCUAGUCAAGUCUGCUGGUGACGAGCAGUACGCUGGCUGCACUGGCUCCCCCGCCGACUCCCACAUUGUCACCUGGCUUGGCAUGUCCCGCAAGCGACCCAUCGAGCGAUGCCCCGAGUGCGGCAGUGUCUACAAGAUGGAAUAUGUCGGACCUCAGGAUGACGGCCACGGACACGGCCAUGAUCACCACGGCUACGAGGAGCCCAAGACCUUCGCUGACUUUGUCAAGCCUAGCUACUGGUGAUCAUGUUUUAUGACGUAAAAGUCGGAACGGAGUUAUGGCUGCAUAGGGGAAGGCGGCGGCUGUAGAAUUGUAUAUUGCUGAAGGCUGCACGUAUAGAAAUCGAUGAACAUUGCAGCAGCUACAUGGAUCAUGCAUAUGAUAUGUUGUGGUUCUUGGUUUAGUUCCCUUGCCGAUUAGAGCUUGCAUAAUAUGGUUCGUGAUAGAAUUCUGACUUGUUACUUGUGACGUUUCGAACGCAUGACGUCGGGUAUAAACCUAUCUAUCCGUACUUGGGUUAUGCCUGCUUAUUUUUAUCAUUUAUACCUUAUAUUUCCUUGUUGACAUUGAUGAAAAUGAGACAUAGGAAGGUGG